CGUCGAGUCGAUGCGCGGCGGACGUAGUUGGGCGCACACACACACUCAGGCUGGUUGAACUUCACCAUGCACACACCGCCACCCAUCGCCGCAUGAGUAGCCCUUGCACAACUGCAGGCUCCCCAAGAUCUGAUCGGUCACACACACACACGACAAGCAAGAACACACACCGAUCAGGGGGGGCUGUGUCGGCCUCGGGCGGGUGGCGCCCGACCUCUCCCGCCGAAAAAUGAACAGAAACGAAGGAGAUGUGAGGCGAACAGUGGGAAAUGAGGAGAGCUGGCGUGGAAAAUGUCCGCUGCUUCCUUUUCUGGAAAACACCGUCUCGAGACGGCGAGAAUUCGAAUCCUCGCCGCGAUUCUCGCCACAAGCUCGCACGUCUUUUUCCGAAGCGCUCCUUGUUGGUAACGCCACCCUCUCCUUUUCAUCAUUGUCCUCAAGCUGUCCAUUGUGAAGUUGACUGACUUACUGGCUUCCUGACUUACUUGAGAGAGACAAGGCCUUGUCGACAAAAAGGAGACGGCCAUCACAGAAAGAACCAAAAUCCCACCAUCUGCACAUCAGCAUGCCAGCAGGGCACAGUGAGAUCACCACAGCAAUGAAACAGACUACGCAGUCAUCCUUGUCAUCCUUGAACAUCAUCCAAACAUAAUACCAUUACAGUACCUUAGCCAAUGUACUUACACUUGAGGGGAGGUUUUGAAGGCAGAAAAAGGCGUGCGCGCACUCAGUUGACGCCAGGCAGGUGCCAAAGAGGCGCCACUCAUUCAGCAGACGGGCAGGGCGCCACCGACCGAGGCCUCGCUCGUGGCACGGCGGUAGAGGAAGGAAGGGGCAGUUUUCAUCCGGACGAGUUGGGAGGGGCGGGAGGCGAUGCGGCGGACCACACCAGCCAAAAGGCAGGUGAAAAGAAUAAGAGGCGGGGGAUCUGUGGUCCAAAGAAGGCUCACGAGCCGACCGUGGACGGAAACUGUGAAAAAGUGGGACAAACUUGCUUGUCUCGAUUUAUUUCUCGUCCCGUCUCCAAUUCUCGCCGAUCUCGAAUUCGAAGCCUCCACCGUUAGCCUUUUUGUGGCACAUGGGCAGCCAGUGGGGCGCAGGAC